GGGAGAUGUUUUGAAAAGUGCUCACGCGCUCAGUUGUGGAAUAUAACUCCAGUAUGCGGCAGUUUUGAAACAAAGGGGUCUGAAGUGCUGUUGUGUUAUCGGAUUACGGCCCAUUCUGGAUGGGAAAGAUGGAACCAGAGGGCCAGUGGUGGAAAAGUCAGCUCGCAGCAGACAUCCAUCAGUCUCUGCGAAUUAAGGAGCUGAAGUUGCCAACGUACAAGGCUCACUCUCCACAGAUCGGGAUGCGCCGGUACUUUGCAGAUCUGCUUGCCGUUCUCAGUAACCGGUACCAGCUGUGCCCUACAGCGCGUCACUUGGCUGUCUACCUGCUUGACCUCUUUAUGGACCACUAUGAUGUAGCUGUGCGGCAACUCUACGUAAUCGCCCUCUCCUGCCUUCUCUUAGCCAGUAAGUUUGAGGAGAAGGAGGACCGUGUGCCAAAACUGGAGCAGCUGAACACUCUGGGCUUCAUGUGCAGUCUUAACCUCAGCCUCAACAAGCGUGACCUCAUCAAGAUGGAGCUGCUGCUGCUUGAGACAUUUGGCUGGAACUUGUGUAUGCCAACACCCGCACACUUCAUCGACUACUACCUCCAUGCUGCUGUUCAGGAAGGAGACAUGCACAAUGGCUGGCCCCUCUCCUCGCUGUCCAAAACCAAAGCCUUCAUGGACAAAUACGCACACUACUUUCUGGAGGUCUCGUUGCAAGAUCAUGCCUUCCUGAGCUUCAGGUCCUCUCAGGUGGCAGCUGCCUGCAUAGCUGCAUCCAGAAUCUGCCUGCAGAUCUCGCCCAGCUGGACCACUGUUCUCCACCUGCUUACGGGCUAUUCAUGGGAUCAUCUGACGCAGUGCAUCCAGCUCAUGUUACUUGCCCAUGACAAUGAUGUGAAAGAGGCCAACAAAUCCAAAUCAUCCCCCUCCUCUGGCCAGAGCCUCCAGCCACAAGCUCACAUCCCCCACAGCCCUGUCACCCCCUCUCUGCAGAGGCAGCCCACCUCCAGCUCCCAGCAGCUGCUCCUCCAGGCCAGCGGCUACCAGCAGCUCGCCCAGCACUCGCCAGCAUUAUCCCAGCUGCACAUGCUGGCAGACUGUCAGGUCCUGGGAACGGUGAGCUCCCGAGAAUAUCUCCAACCCCACCAGGCCAGCCUGCUCUCCGCCUCAGUGCCGGCCAGCUCAUUCGCUUCUUUCCCCAGCUUAGCGUCAGGACUGCGUGGCUUGCCCAUCCAGGGUCCCAUCUCCAUGCAGGUGAGCAUGGGUCCCGAACGCCAUUGCCUUGGUCUGACUUACGGGAGUGGCUACCUGAGCUCCCAUCACACGUUCACAGCUGGAUGCUUUGACAGGUGACGCCAAGAGAGGGAGGACAAACUAAACCUGGGGCUACCACAGUCCUCCGCCCUCUCCGCGGCCCCUAAGUCGCUUCGUCUCAGUCGGAGACGGAGACUUUCCAAACGGAAGACCAAGAGUCGAGUGAAUUCCACAGAGGUCAUAGUAUUAUCUUAAAAACAGCCUUUUAAACUUUUUGAUUUUGGGCGCUGUUUUUUUUUUUAGGAUGUCUAUUUUUCAAAAUUAUUUAGUUAAGGUUGGAUCUUCUGCCAGUGUUGUGCUGCAAUGGACAAACCGACUGACUGAAUUAUAUGGACUCUGAUUCUAUUUUCCCUUAAAAAGGUAGUUUACCAUAAAGUGAAAAUUCUCUCAUUUACUC